AUGGUGGACGAUUUCAUCUUAGCUACUGUGAAUGGGAUGGAAAUAUCUUUCGAUGAAGCCCUUUUGAAGACUCAGAAAGAGGACAGAAAAGAAGUUGCUGAAUGUGUCAAAAUCCUUAAAGAAUUGGAUAAUACACUGAAGAAGAAUACGUAUGAGACUCAUUUUCAAGAGAAAGAAAAUGUGAAAGCUGCUGUUGAAAGAAAACAGUCUCGGAUCACUCAAGGUGAGCCCAGUAGAAGAGGUGACGAUGUAUCAAUCGGUACCAGAUCUAAGCGUGCACAAACCAACGAUGAAAAUCCAAGGCCAACCAAAAGAGGAGGAGGUCGAAGCAGUGGUGAUCGCAGAGGCCGAAGCAGUAGUAGUGGACGUGGUGGGCAAUCUGGUAGUGAUCGAGGAGGUCGUUCCAGUGGUGGUGAUCGUGGUGGGAGAUCAAGUGGAAGCGGUCGUGGUGGUCGUGCUCUUCCUCCAUUCCAAAACCUGCUAACUGGUGAAGGAGUAAGCGGUGGAGUUGUUAUAUGUGAUGGAUGA